AUGUAUUUUACAACGACAAAUCGUAAUGCAUUGGUACUGAAUUAUAAAGGCUUUCAAUAUACGCUCAAACGAGAACACAAGGACAAUAAUGAAUGGCGUUGUCGUACCAGACCUUGUACAACUUCUUUAUCAUUAAGUCAUGAUAGUAAAUCGAUUAUACGUGAACCUGAUGUCCAUACAUGUAUACCUCAUUCAUCUGAAGAAUUUAUAGUUGACGCAACUGUAGCUCGUAUGAAAAAAAGAGCUGCUCAAGAAACACUACCAAUUCCUCAAAUUUAUUCUCAAGAGAUUGCUAAAAUUCGUAUUGAUAAUCCUACACUUGAUACUGGAAGUUUUUUUCCAUUAUUGGAUAGCAUUGAUGCUAGUCUAUAUCGUAGACGGGCGAAAAACUAUCCAAAACUACCAACGAAUGUUGAAGAUUUUGUUUUACCUGAUGGAUGGAAGCUUGGUUUACAUGGAGAGCCUUUUCUUCUUGUAGAUGAAACAUAUGGUAAAAAUCGACUACUUAUGUUUGCAUCGGAUUGGAGUAUUCGAUUCUUAAGUUCAUGUUCUCAAUGGCAUUCCGAUGGGACUUUUAAGUGUCGUCCUCUACUGUUCGAACAGGUUUAUAUAUUGUUUGGUUUUAAUAAUUUCAUGAUACCAUGUGUUUAUUGUUUGACAACAAAAAAAGAUGAAAAUGUUUAUGUUAAAAUUCUUCAACAUUUAUUGACGAUAGCGAGUCAAAAAGGCGUUAUACUUAAUCCUACUCGUAUUACAUGUGAUUUUGAAUUAGCAACAAUUAACGCAUUUCGAGCUAUAUUUAAUGCUGUGCACAUUUCUGGAUGUUUCUUCCAUUACGCUCAAUCACUUUGGAGAAAAGUGCAAGAACUAGGCCUCACUAGAUUAGUCAAUCCUUCAAAUGCACGCCGAUCAAGCAAAUUUUCAAAUGAAGCAAGAAAAAAUGCGAAAGAUUGGUUUAUGGCGGCAAUUGGUCUUGCUUUAAUUCCACCAAAUCUUGUUGAAAAGACAUGGAUAGAAGCAAUGGAUGAAAAAACGCCGACUCAUCGUUCAAGUGUGAAAUUUAACGAUUAUAUGGUUUCGACUUAUGUUGAUAUUACCUCGUCUCGUUAUCCCAUGGAAUUAUGGAAUGUUAACGAUGCUUUACGGAAAAAUUUACCUCGAACAAACUAUCAUGUUGAGGGCUAUAAUGGCCGACUAGGCUCUUUAUUUCCUGUUCAUCCGCAUUUAUUUCGAUUUAUUGAACGCCUACGAGACGAACAUGUUUAUCAAUAUCAUCUUGCUGAACAGUCAAGGUUACACACUAUAAUCAACAUUAAUAGACCAACUGAUAUUUUACAAUCAACAUGUCAAGGUGUCACUGGAAAAGGUAAACGAGUAGCAUGUAAACAUGUACCCGCACUAUACUUCGCUCUUUUAGAUUAUGAUGAAAAUAAACUUUACGAAGCAUUCACGGACCGACUUCAACAAUGGCACCAACCUACUCGUAAAUCAUAG